GGGCCCAAAAAGUGACCACAGGUCUUUCUUGUAAUAUUUGUGAAAUACGAGGGCAUCCUCAUAACAUUUCCCAUAUAAAUAUUACACGCACAAAUCUAGUCACAACAACCUUAAACUAGAAGCUAAAAGCCAAUUAUCAUAUUCCUUAGCCUGUAAUAUCAUAUCAUAUAGCUUGUAACUAGAGCUCUACUAGUAUGGGGAACUGCCUAGUUCUUGAAGAAAAGAUUGUGAGGGUGAUGAAAACAGACGGCAAAAUCCUCGAAUACAAAUCCCCGAUCAAAGUUCAUCAAAUUCUUUCCGAAUUCUCAAACCAUGCAAUAUCCGAUAAACUCCCUGUACUAAAACACUUGCAUCUAAACACCGAAAUGGUUCAAAACCACUUGUAUUAUCUUCUUCCACUACCACCUCCUAUCAAGACAACAACAACGACGAAGACAAAGAAGAAGAAGACAGUUCGAUUUUCAGAUGAUGUAAUAGAAAAUCAUGAAAAUCGCGCAACUGGAUCGGUUGUGAGGAUUAAGCUUGUGAUUAGCAAGAAAGAGCUACAGGCUAUGCUAAUUAACGGUGGGGUUUCGGUUGAUGAUUUGAUUUCUAAUCAGGUGCAGAAAGAAGAAAGUACUAAUGGCAGAGGCGUUUCGCUUUCUCCAGCCCUGGAAAGUAUCCCUGAAGUAAAUUAGUUUUAGUACGUAUUUAACUAAAGUAUCCGCUUUCUAGAGAGAGAAGAUUGUCUAUUCUAGAGAGAGAGAGAUAAGAUCAUCCGAAGACAACAUAGAAAAGUAGAUUUUUUCAAGCUUUCUAUUUCAUCACAUGUGUAAAAGAUACAGAAAAAUAGGCACGGCUUAAGAGCAAUCACGUACCUAUGUGUGUUUUUGAGUAAGCCAAUUCAAAGAAAGAGCUGCAAAAUGGCCUAUCUUGUUUUCACAACUCAACCUGUGAAUAUUAUGUAUCCCUUCAUCGGCUU